AAAUGGAUGCUGUGUUCGAUUGGUUUUCCUGCUGUUCACGUGAUGAACAUGUGACGAUCAGCUGUGGUUUGUUUGGAUCAUGGAGGCUCAUAUUUUCACAUUAGAACAAACGCUUUCGUUUCUUUGCUGAGGAUUUUGUUUCUUCAUCUCGAUCGUCUCUUGGUUUGUGUUUCCUUCUCCUCCUUUGGGAUGAAGGAUGUCUUUUAUUCCUGCGCGCGCGCGUUUGUAUGUUCGUGGGCCUCAGCUGAUUGACUUCCUCAUCUGAUAGCGGUGGGUUUUGGCAGGUUCGGGAUGUUGAAGGUGUUGAGCAGGUCAGAUGCGCGCGCUCAGAGCGUGCUGGAGGUGGAUCUGCUGUCGGACACUGAUGUGUGUGGAGGUGUGGAGGACACAGCGGCGGUCAGACUGUGUAACGGCCCGUCAGUGCUGUGCUGUGUGAAUGCUGCAGGUGAAGUGAGGGUGAGAAACCUCUCUGAGAGCAGAAGAUCUCCUCACACACUCCAGCACACCUGCACUGAUUUUCUGUGGGAAGAUCUGUCGGAUCCUGGCGGACGGGACGUGAGCCCAAAGCUGCUGCUGCUGGACCCUCAGUGCGAUCUGAGACUGUAUGAGCUGGAUCCACAUGACCAGGUGCUGCUCGUGUGUGAGAGGCCUUCUGAUUGGCUGCUGCGCUGUGUCCAAGACAAACACCCCGACGUGUGUGAGCUGAGGACGGUGCGGCCGCUGUGCUUCACUGACGGACGCUGUGUGCUGCUGGUGAACACGUGUGUCCUGCUGCAGCUGCGCUGGACGGACGAGAGCUCACGUCUGGACACGCUGUCCUGCUGCCGGCUCGAGUCAGCGCUCCUGACGGAGGACGUCUGUGUGGAUCAGCGGCUCUGUCGGGGAACGCUGUUCCUUCUGCUCAGUACUGGACUCACAUACGUGUUUGACAGCACUGAUGGGAAGCUCAUGGCUACGGUGGACUUUCCCUCGUACUGCGGCACAGCAGAUGUUUCUCCAGCCGUCACGUCCUUCUGUCUGUUCCAGAUCUCACAGGAUCUCAGUACGGCAGUGACCGUCACCCGGCAGAACCAGGCCCUCGCCGUCGACCUCAACGACUACUUCCGGAUGUAUCCAGAUCACUUGUGUUGUCGCGCUCCCCCUAAUCAGCCAUUUCUCAGGCCCACUGAAUCAUGGGAUCAGGACAGCCUCGUAAGCUCCGCCCACAGCCUGACGGUACUGGACAAACCAUUUCAAACGGACAGGUCAUGGGAGGCACGUUUGUCCUUGCUGUACAGCCGAUCUAAAGGUCCGGACCGGCCGGGACGCAGGUCACCCUGGUACAGAGACUUCCCGCACGUCGAGUGCCGUCGGGCGGCCGCCACUGCCAAACUCUCCCAGCCCUCCGUGAAGCCAGGGGGCGCCGUGACGUCUUUUAACGUGCCGGAGGGAGCCACGGCAGCAGGGCUGAACGUAUCCGAGUUCUCCGCACUGGUUACGUUUGUUUCCCCUGCGAACGCAAACACGGUUCUGGCCUACUGGGAUCUGGAAGGUCAAAGCGUCACGUACCAGAGGUCAGACGCUCCUGCCGUACCCGUCCAGAGAUCUGCUGACGAACACCUGUGUCUGUUACUGAAGGCGUCGGGUCUGUCCGUGGUUCUGUUCAGUGUGACGCAGGAGGAACUGCUGAACAGGCUGAUGGUUUUUGGCACGGCUGGAACGGUCGAUUCGCUCUGCCAUCUGAACGCCUGGGGACGCUGUUCAAUACCCAUACAUGCCCUACAGGCUGGCCUCAAGAACCAUCAGCUGGAUACGGUCGAUUUCUUUCUGAAGAGUAAGGAGAACAUCCUGAGCCCCACGUCUGGGUUUGUUCUGCCCGAUCAAACACCGGCCGUCUCGACCCAGACACAGCUGAGGAAUGUUCAGGCUCUGUGUCCAGCGCUGGAUCUGCUGCGUUCUGCCAUACGGGACACACACACAGAAGCCCAAAGUCAACAGUUCUGUGAACAGCUGCUGAGCAUCACGCUAACCUUCCUCAACACGCAAACCAAAGUCCUCCUCACCAGCGCACACGAGCUGGACGUCAACCUGCAGGAGUGUGUGCAGAUCUUAGACGGCUACAUCUCUGAUCUGCGUGGAUUCAUGAAGAAGUUCCCCUGGACAGAUGGAGGUGAAACGCAGGUCUCCGUGUGUCCUCGCGCUCCAGCGCCCACCGUCGGCACUGACAAGGAGUGGCAGUCGCUGUCUGAUGAGGAUGUUGUGCAGCGCGCUGUAUUGAGCAGACAGAUCCCACACGCGCAGGCUUUUCUGCGCAGACGCGGCUCUGUCGGAUGCAGUCUGGAGGACAUCAGGAAGACGGGAUUGAGACUCGCCUUCACCUGUCUCACUCACAGAGACCUGACGCAGGCGAAAACACUGCUGACUAACAUGGGCUUUAAUGUGAAGGAACAGCUUCACAGCAUCUGCGUUUUCACUGCCGAUCGGGAUCUAAGGGCCUUCAUGGUGGAGGAGCUGCAGAAGCAGAAUUCCCUCUCUCGUGAAGAGUUUGAGCAGGUGGAGUUCAUUCAGACAAUCGAGAGCUUGUGUUCGACACCGGCGACGAGAUGCUCCUCCCGUCUGGACACCGGCAGGGUUCUGCAGAUGACCCGGUCUGAUCCCGACAGCAAAAGACUUCUGGAAGAGAUCCUGCAGGAACCAGAGGCGUCGUCUUCCGGGUCUGUACUGAAUCCCGUGCGUCUGGACUGGGUCAGAUACUGGGACAGAGAGACACAGAACGCCAUCCUUCUGUCCCGACUGCAGCCGUCCACUCAGGGUUCGUGGGAUGCUGCUGUUUUGUGGUCGUAUCUCACCUCACUGCACGAUUGUGUCCGGGUCACGGCAUGGGUCUGCGGUUCGGCCAAAGAGAGCGGCGCUGCCCCCUGCUGGCCGGCGCUCACACCGCACAUCAUCAACGGCAGCAGCCGCUGUGGAGAAUACCUGCGCGAUCGAGUCCUGGAUCUGCUCGCCCGACAGGGGCUGUUUGUGCAGGCGGAGAUGGAGGACUUUGAGCAGUUGCUGUGGAGACUGGGUCAAGCCGGAGGAGUGAUGCAGCAUGGGAAUGACCCUCCCGUCCCACAGUUUCAGGCGUCACAGGGUCAAGAGUUUCACCAGCGCUUCGUCCUCCACUGUCUGGAAAACAGCCUGCAGUACCUGCUCUACUGCUACCUGGAGCACUACAGGUUAACUCCUGAGAACUGCCCGGUUCUGACCGACAGGAACCUGUUUGAGAGUUUCCCCUGGUUCGAGAUGAUGCUGAAACUGCAGAAAAUCACCAGAGACCUUAAAGACCCCGAGCGUGUGUUCGAGGCCAGUCUGACGGCGGCUCAGGUUCUUCUGCCCGGCAGUCAGGCCAGCAUCAGCAGCAUGUUGCUGGAAGGUCACAGUCUGCUCGCCCUGUCCACCAUCAUGUUCAGACCGGGCGGCAUCGACCAGGCCGUGCGAGAGGGAGAGCGAGGUCAGGACCCGCUGAGCAGAGUGGACCCUCAGCUGCUGAGAAUGGCCCUGAGCGCUUAUCCCAAACUCAGAACGGCCCUGUUCCCUCAGAGCGGCCCCCGCGGGACCGCCGCCUGCGACACGUACCUCUACCACCUCAUGCAGUCUUUGCAUCCGUUGGAUCCCUCCAGACUGUUCGGAUGGCAGUCGGCCAACGCCGUGGGCAGCACUGAAACGUCCAGCGAGCUGCCCCAUUUCUCCAGCCCUCACCUGGUCAGUAAAUUCGCCGUCGUUGAGAAUCUGGACUUCCUGUAUUAUCUGCGCCACGGCCGGCCGGCGUUCGCCUUCGGGGUUUUUCUCACGCAGCAUUUUGUCAACUGCAGUAAUGUGAAGCUACAGUUGACUCUGGCUGCGGAUCAAGCGUACUCUCUCGGCCUGUUGAGCUUCAGCAGCGCGUGUGUGUCCGCGGCGUGCGUGUGUUUCUGUGAGCUCAUGGGAGUGUGUAGCCUCAAACUCAGGGUGGAUCUGCGAGCGCUGAACCUCAUCCUCAAACUCUGGACUCAGUCCUGCGAGGACGGAGCCGGAGCUUCACUCAGACAGACGCUCGUGGAAAAGGCGAGUAAGCUGGUGACGGCUGAGAAAGCGACGGCUCAGGAGCUGCUGGUUCAUCUGGAGGCGGCAGUCAGAGACGGUCUGGAGAAGAAAGGCAUCAGUCGCUCGUCGUUCGAGGCGGCGCAGGAGUGGGCACUUCCUGUCCAGUUCUGCCACCUCCACGCUCUUCCUCUAAGCCCCGCCUACCCACAGGACUGCGCUCGUGACGGACAGUGGCUCAACUUCCUGUUGUUUGUACAGCUGCACCGUUACCCACCCCAGCAGGUGAGAUCUCUGGCUUCCGGGUUCAGUCCAGCUUUGCAGUCCCACAUUUCCCUGGCGUUCCAAGAUCUUCAUCUGACAAACUCCCAUCAGACUGCGGAGGAUCAGGGGCGCAUGUUGAGCGCUCUUCCCCGAGACGAGAGCUCCGAACCCCCCAGAGAGCUGUUCCAGGUGCUGCUGCAGAGCCAGGAGAAGCCCAGUCCCUGGAGGUUCCUGCUGUCCGAAGCCGUCCGUCAGCGCUGUCCUCCUCUGUCCGUGCUGGCGGCCUGUCACCAGGGCCCAGAGCUGCUUCAGUGCCUCUGCGUGUGGAUCCUGACGUCUGUGGAUGAUGAUGUCACUCAGGAGGCCACCGCCCACAUCAACGAGAGCCCCGCCCAUCACGUGUGGAACCUCCAUGAUCUCUCCAUCUUGUGGAAGAUCCUCCUGUGCAGGAGAAAGAUCAGGCCUCUGAUUCGUGGCUUCCAGCUGUUUCAGAGGGAGUCGCCGCUCAUUUACAUGCUGAACAUGUAUGAAUUCUGCUCCGACUACAAAGACUAUCAGCGAGCCAAAGACAAGCUGCUGGAGUUCCAGAAGUGUCUGCUCAAUUUGCGGAGCAGCAGUGUGGUGUUGAGUUCAGACGUUCUGCCGGUCCAGUGGGUGGAGUCUCAGGCGUCGGUUCUGCUGCUGACGCUCCUGAAGCAGAGCAGAACUCAGUACGAGCUGCGGCGUCUGCUGCAGCUGCUGGUGGACAUGGAGCGGCUGCUCAAAUCCAACGGUCCUGACUUUAAGAAGCUGAGUCAGUUGAGUCAGGUGUUGGCCGACACUCCCGUGCCGCUGUCAGCGUGUCUGCUGGAGGAUUAUUCCAGCUCUGGCCUGCAGAGGGAGAGCAGGAGGAUGAUGGACGAGCUGCAGGAGCUCGGGCUCUUCACAGAGGCGCGGAGGGUUGCGCAGAUAGCCGAGCUGCCCAUCGACUGCCUGAUCAUAAACGAGCUCCGGCGAGAUCUGUGCACUCACAAGCUCAAGCGUCAGUGGGAGCGGCAGGAGACGCGGAUGGCCUUCUGGAGACGGUGUCACGAACAGCUCAAGACGGAUCAGGUCCAACCAGAGGCGGCCUGUCAGUUCUUCCUGUCUCAGGCUGAGGAGCCGAUACAGUCGGAUUCAGAGCUGGUUCAGCUUCAGGAACGCUGUCUCUUGCUGGGUCUGGCGGGUCACUGGUUGUCCCGCUGUGAGGCUCCUCUGCCCGUCCUGCGUCUCGGCCAGCUGGAGAAGCGGCAGUGGGAGUGUCGAAUCCAGCGAAUGGUUCUCCACACGGCUCUGGAGCGCCAGAGUUUGUUCGCGCCCUCUGCCCUCUCCGAAGACUCCUUCGAAAAUCUCCUCAAAGAGUUCUCCUUCUCCAAAAUGUCGGCUCUGAGCGACCCGGCGCAUUUGAGCCUAGACGGGCUCCUGGCGUCUGAAGACACAUGCGUGCUGUCGGAGGAUGAGCGCGCGGCGCUGGAUGUUCUGAUCGCACAGCUGCUGAAUGAGGGCAGCGUGAACGAAGCCAGCCGCGUGUGUCGGUACUUCGGCUCGUUUCACAGAGACCUGUGGCUGGUUCUGAGGUGCCGUGGUUUAGCGUGUGGCGAGCUGCAGCCUGAACUUCACAGUCCUGAUGGAGAAACUCGACGCAGUUUGCCAUCAUCGCCCAGCAUGAGCAGUCUGUCGUCAUUUGUGGUUUUGCCGUCACCUGACGAUCAGGUCCUGGUUCAGCUCAAACAGCUAGUGGAUCAGUGCUGCAACGGCAAGAGUUACUGUAAACAAGUGCUGAGCCUCUACGAGCUCUCGAAGGAGCUUCAGUGCUCGUACGCUGAGAUCUCGUCUGAGGAGCCCGAGGCGGUGCUGAGGAAGGUUCUGCUCUCGCAGCAGUCCGACCGCUAUAAGAAAGCGCAGGCGUUCAUCAGCGUUCAGGGCCUGCAGCCCGACACCGUCGCCCGGCUCAUCUCCACCGCUGUGAUGGAGGGUUUACUCGCCUCAUCUCAGGAGGGAGAAACCGGACAGCGGCUGAUGUUCGGCCCGGCGGACGGGAGAGAGGCGUUCCUGCAGCUGGCCAAACUGUGUGGAGAUCCCAACCUGGUGGGCGUCGAACUGCUGGACAGCAUCCCGACGGUCCCGCUGUCAGAGCUCAGCUGCACUGUGGAGAUGUUGAUUCUGGCUCACGACUGCUUCAGUCUGACCUGUAACAUGGAGGGCAUCGUGAGGGUCCUGCAGGCGGCCCGACACCUGAGUCACACACACCUGGCUCACGGCGAUGGCUACGGGCUCCUGGUGCGUCUCCUCACAGGCAUCGGCAGGUACAACGACAUGACCUACAUCUUUGACCUGCUGCAUCAGAACCAUCGCUUCGAGAUGCUGCUGAGGAAGAAAGUCGAGUCGAACGUGCGUCUGAAGACAGCUCUGUUGGACUACAUCAAGCGCUGUUUGCCGGGCGACAGCGAGAAACACAACAUGGUGGCUCUGUGCUUCAGCAUGUGCCGAGAGAUCGGAGAAAACCACGAGGCAGCGGCGCGAACGCAACUCAAAAUCAUCGAGUCGCAGCCGUGGGUGAUCACUGCAGACCUGAAGAGCGCUCUGAUGAAGGUCCUGACGCUCCUGAAAGACGCCGCUGAGAGCUACUCAAAGGACUCGUGUGUGCGUCAGGCCGUGAAGUGUGUGAAACUGGCCAAACUGGUGACGCUCCAGCUGCACUUCCUGAAUCACGGACAGGAGCAGCGCGUCAUCAACCUGCCUCCGUCAGACAUCCAGAGCACCAUCGUGUCUUUACCGCGCUGUUACCAGGCGUUUGUGUUGGCCGAAGCGUACGACUACAGCCCGGACUGGGCCAAGAUCCUCUAUCAGAAGGUCAUCCUGAACGGAGAAUUCAACUACCUGGAGGAGUUUAAACGCCACAGAUCGCUGAGCGCCGGCCUGUUCGAGGACAUUUCCAAGAAAAUGUGUCAUCAGAAGGCUCCGGCGAGCUCCAGUCAGAAUCUGAAGAAGCUUCUGUCUCACUGCGAGGACGUUUACACGCAUUAUAAACUGGCUUAUGAGCACAAGUUCCUGGACGUGGCCAACAUGCUGCUGCAGGACUCCAGGAGCAACAGCUAUCUGAGCGACCGGCUGGGCACCUGACCCACAGACCGGCUGGGCACCUGACGCUCCGCCCGCCUUAGACACGCUUUAUUCUGUGUGAACACAACCAAUGCAGUGUUUGUAAAAAAACUAACCAUGACUUGAAUAUGUAAGAAUAUGUACACAAAUCAAAACUAAAUUUCCAGUAAAAAUACUAUUUUUGACCAUU